UGCUGUGCAAAAGUGCUUCAUGCCGGGAGAGGCCUACAACUGCCACAGGUACGGUUAGAGAUUAACUUAACUCAAAAAGUUUGACAAGACUCACUGCACCCACUUGUGUUCUGAGUGCACGGUUUCAAUUGUGCAUCAAGUACUGCCUCCUGAGAGAAAAGAGUUUAUUACCGGUUGAAGUGAACUGGGAAAGAGAAACUCGACUGACUUCCUUGUUUAAGAUAGACAAACUCAGAAUAACUUCAAUGUCAUGGCACCUGGAACUCCAAUGCCGAUACAAGAAUGUUCAGAAAAUUGUGCAACUCUCCCGAGUUUCUGCAGCAACGAAGAAGACGACGACGACAUUGCAAAAUCAUAUGUGAUCCUGUUGGUUUCUGUGAAAGGCUGGAGGUGGAGUAGCAAGUAACACUGCAGAAUGAGUCAAGAGGGAGAAGAAAAUCAGGGGACAGGACUGAGAGAUGUGUUUGAGAUAUUAGUUAAAGAACCUAAGGAGCGACUGCAGAGCCUUACAAUCCUGUUGGGUGAGUCUCCUGAAGAUAAUAUCAUACACGCCUUGUGUCUGAUCAUUCUCCAGAGGGAGGUGCAGGCCCUGAACAAACUCCAGACACUGAAGGAUAACUACCUUGCCAACCAUGUGGCUGAAAGGUGGCAGAUGAGUGGAGGUAAAUUAGAAGACUUUAGAGUUCGUUGUGGUCAAUCUCAAGAGUUUACAGGAGAAUCUUUGGCAGCGUUGGCUCGCAUUUUUAAAGUUUUGACCGAGCGGAGGCUGUGUGAACCACAUCUGAGAAAUCUGGCGUAUCAGAGAGCCCUUUCCACUGAUAGCCAAAAAACAAGCAAUUGUGAGGAUCUGGAAUAUGAUCAGCUCAGAGAAGAAGCUAAAGUCGUCUGUGGGCCUCAGGUUGAAGAGUGGUUCAGCUCUCCAGUAGACCUCAAGUCAGGGUCUUACCAUGAUCUUAAUAGCAGCAUGGAGGACAUACGCUUAACUUUCAGAAUUACAGAUGAGUCAGAGAGAGGUAAUAAUCUUCCCAGCCCUCUGCAGGCGAGCUCCUCAAUGCCCUCAUACCCUACUCAUCUAGAGAUAAGUAUACCUCCAACAGUUUCAUAUCAAGGGGACAAAGUAACUCCUGAAACAUCAGAUAAAUCCAAAUCUGGGCAGUCUCAGCGAUCUGAGGAGCCUCAGCCUAAAUCCAAUGAACCUGCUCUGCCUGAAGCAAAGAAAGACUCAAAGACGGAGUGCAGGACAUUGGAAGAGACUCCAAACCAAACCACAAAACCAUUCACUGAACCAAAAUUUGCACUACCUACUGCAACAAUGGCAUCCAAGGUAUCAGUUCCAAAGGAAAUGCAUGAAAGUAAAGGUGCAGAAGAGGAGGAAGAGGAAAUAUUCUAUGCAUUCGUCAUCCUGCAUGCACCAGAGGAUGGAGAUAUGGCUGAGAGGAUCAAGGAAAGACUAGAAUCGGUCACUUGCUGUGACGGCGCAACCUUCGCUGAUGACUUUGCCAUCCCUGGAAAGAGUACUCUGAAGAGUGUGGAGGAUGCUAUCAACAACUCAGCCUUCACUCUCCUGCUGCUCACCUGCAACUUCAACACUCGCAUGGAGGAGGUUGAGGCAGACUCUGCCCUUAUAAACUCCAUAAACAAGAAAUACAAACACAACACUGUUGUUCCUUUGCUGCCACGGGAGAACUGCAUGCCAAAACAGAACAUUCCUAUGAUUCUGAGGACAAUAAAUCCACUGGAAGAGAACAAGCACUUUGACAAAAAAGCAAAACAGGUUUUGUCUCCAGCUAAUAUUAAAAGGCAAAAGAGAUUCUGGACUGAGGGACAGAGAGUGAAACGACAGAUAGAGACACAGGAUGAACUAAAACAAUUAAACCAAAACCAAAAGCUAUUGAUCCAAGAGACUAAAUUAGUGCAAUCACUGGUCAGAGAGACCCAGAGCCUUUUACUGGCACAAAAAUGUCUUCUUGGUCCCAGUGUCCCACCAGGACAGGAUGGUGGUGAAGGCGGGGCAGGGUGGCAACAGCAACAACAACCAAACAUUAAUAUUGCACAUGCUAAAUAUAUAAUGAUUGGUAGUGGCUCUCAAAUGACUGUGGAUCACAGUGGAGGCCCAGACAAAGAUGAGGAACAAUAAACUCACAGAUGACACAUUGUCAUAAUGUCAUUUUCUGGGGUAAAUUUAUGUGUAUAAAUAAGCAAUAAACAGACAAUAUAAUGUCACAGCUUUUACAAACACUACAGGGUAUUCACUGCCAAUUGUUCCAUUGUAAUUCAACCUGUUGGUCGCCUAAAUGAUUUGAUAAGACACUCUGAAGACAAGAUACGCGGAACGAUUUAGAUGAAUACUUAGCUGAAGACUGCCAUCUACUGACCGACGUGUGACAUAUACUUUCUGACCUCUUUAGCUGUAUGAACCCAGCACAGGCACUAGGGAGCAAUGCUGUCACACGUUCCUCAUUGCUCCUUAUUGCCCUUCCCAGGAUCUUCUGAAGUGCAGAGUCAUCCAAGAACAACAUUGUUCUGACAUCAGAGAGCUUAAAGAGAUAAAAUAAAAUCUGAAGUAAGAUAUUCCAUGUUCAUGUAAGGUGUUCAGAGGGGUGUGUGUAGAUUUAAGAUGCUGUGUGAAGGUGUAGUUCAACUGUUUGGCAUCAGAUUAAUUAUCCAACAGUUGAAACCAUCUCCAAAAUGAGAUCUUUUAAAUUCUGGGCUAAUCUUGACUUUUAUAUCAUUUCAUUUGGACUAAGGUCGUUUUUUCAGUUUUUUCACUCUUUCAUAUGUGUAGUUACAGUUAACAAAAUCUGUGAGACGUGGACAUCACCAGUUUCCAAUAUAUGAUAAAAUGAUUUGUUAGAUUUUAUUGAUCAGCUGAGAUUCAUGCUUCAUUAUUACCACACCACCUCUCUCUUACAGUUUGUCUGAGGAGCAAACUUUUAAUGAUCCAGACUGGAAAUGAGGAUGAGUAAUGAAACAGUCUACCUAAGGAGGUCAGACUAACAUCUCCAGUGUCUUUUUCAACACUUCAUUUGACAAACGUUUUUGUUGACUGUUCUCUCAUAUCUCUUGUUCUACUGUUAUGUCUGCUCAUUUUGCACUUUUUAAAACCUAGCUUUGAAAGAUACUUUAUAAAUAAAGUUUGUUUUUUCUAA